CAUUCGCACUCCAACCCCACCUCGCCCUCCUCAGUCGCCUCCACACCACGGACCCGUUGCGUCUUGCAUCGCGUUGACAAAACGCGUGGCCGAUCGGACGCCCCGUCGCGCAAUGGGCAUGCUGGGCUCGUGAACGCCGGCUUCAAUCCAAUGGCGGACAAUCAGCCCUCUCCCGAUUACUCCCGCCCGCAGUUUCCUGCCCACCAUGAGCCACGGGUAUGGGUGAUUACAGCGGGGGACUCGCCCAUCGGCAUCUCGGUGACCCGCCAGAUUCUCAUGCAUGGUGACUACGCCUUGGUUGGACUGGCGCAUGCGAGUCUAGAAAGGGACGAAUGCCGUCGAGAGGGAUUCGAUGCGUUCCUGGCUGAAAUCGAAAGCCACAGCAAUGAGGGAUGGGGGGAGCGGUUCAAGGCACUUCCGUUGGACCUAAGGAUGGUCGGGGAGUGUCAAGCACUGGUCGCGCAAGCUGUCGCAGCCUUUGGCAGGGUAGACAUACUUCUCUGCUGCACCAGCCAAGCCCUCAUCGGAACCGUAGAGGAGCUUGCGGCCUCACAACAAACCUUGAAUCUGGUUCGGGACCAGUUCGAGAUCAAUUACUUCGGGCCUCUCAAUAUCAUCAAGGCAACAUUACCACACAUGAGGAGGCAAAAGACAGGACACAUCAUGAUCCUCUCCGGCAUCACCGCUCAUAUCGGCACCCCCGGCCUGGGGAUGUACUGCGCUGCAGGCUGGGCCCUUGAGGGCUUCUGCGAUAGUCUCGCAUACGAGAUCGCCCCAUUCAACGUCAAACUCACAAUAUUCCAAUGCAGCAUUGAAAUCGGGAUCCUCACAAACCUAGUCACCAGCGUACCGCCUAUUCCCCAAGUAUACUCAUCUGGAGCCAACCACGCCCCUCUCUUCCGCGGGAUCCUUAACCGUCUCGUAUCUCGUCUAUCGAAUACUCAAUCGACAAACUCAUCGAAUGGCGCGCAUGGCGCGAAUCAAGGAAGUUCUAUCGAAGAUGGCCCGUUCUCGGCCUCGGAAGUGGUCUCAUCGUAUCCACCGCUCAGCUCCGCACAUAUGGAAGUCCUCGUCUCCGAAACCGUCUACGCGAUUACCGCGAUUGCGGGACAUGAGAACCCGCCUUCGCGCCAUAUUGUGGGUCAAGAGGGCGUCGCGAGCGUGAAGGAGAAACUGAAGACGGUCAGCGAAGAGCUGGAGGAUUUCAUUCAAGCCAGCUUUGCUGUCGACUAUGCUGCGGAUGACUCUAGUCGGCAGUCUAAGGAAGAAGGCCUGGCUUCGGGUGGCCAUGAAGGAUUUUAAUCUGUAAAUAUGGUAUCUAAUGAGACACUUUCUUUGAAAAACG